UUCUUCUGCUUUUGUUGGUUUGUGUGGGCUUUCAGAUAAAACUCCAUUUUCACCAAAUUUUUUCUUUUUUAUUUUUCAGAUUGAGCUCUUUGAAUCGAAUGUGCUUCUCCUAAGGCUUCUCUUUGGAUUCAAUCAGUGUACUUUCUGUACAUAUAGUUUGGGAGAAAUCCAGCCAUGGUUCUUGGAUUAAGAUCAAAGACCAGGAAAGGAACUUCAGUCCAGGUUGACUACAUUAUUCAGUUGCAGCAAAUCAAACCAUGGCCUCCAUCCAACUCUCUUCGAUCCCUCCGGUCCGUAGUGCUGCAGUGGGAGAACGGCGACAAGAGUUCAGGUUUUACCAAUCCGGUCGCCCCUUCCCUUGGUGAAGGGAAGAUAGAAUUCAAUGAGACAUUCAAGCUUCAAGUGUCAUUCUUGAAGGAAUCAUCCACCAAAGGCAAUGAUUCAUUUCAGAAGAAUGUGCUUGAACUGAAUUUGUAUGAACCGAGAAGGGAUAAGAGUAUGAAGGGGCAGCAUAUUGGAGGUGCGGCGGUGGACUUGGCGGAGCAUGGAAUUUUGAAGGAAACUGUGAGUGUUAGUGUUCCGGUGAGCUGUAAACGGAGCUUUAGGAACACUGCUCAGCCUAUUCUUUAUUUAAAGAUUCAACCGUUUGAGAAGGAUAGCUUGAGUUCUUCGUCUAGAGAUAGCUUGUCCAAGGAGUUAUCCUUGGAUAAGGAUGGAAGGGAGUCGGUUUCGGCUUUGAUGAAUGAAGAGUAUGCAGAGGAAGCUGAGAUUGCCUCUUUUACUGAUGAUGACAUCUCUUCGCAUUCUUCACUCAAUAUAUCCUCUUCAACCUUUGAAGCUAAUGCGGACAUGCCAAUUCAGAAUAGAUUAGGAGAACAACAAUUGCAUGAGAAUGGGUUAAAAGCAGUAGAGAAAUCACCACCAAACGAUAUAGCAACAGUGUCAUCUUCGGAGUCUGAGCCAUUACCAAAGGAUUCCAAGCCAUUGGCAGCUGAUUCUGCUCAUAGUUCUCAUUCGGUUGAUCAGAAUGGAAGAUUGCUUGAAUCAUCCUUGGAGAAUUUAUCAAAUGAACCUGUGAUUCUUGAGAAUUGUAAUUCUUCUUCAUCCAAUACUCAAAGUAUAAGUAUUGGCUCGGUAAACCCUGGCCCAAGCAUUUCUCUUAACUGUUCUUCUAUAGAGGAAGCAGAUGGAGCUAAUCACAUCGAGGAAGUACCUGAAAAGGAGGUAGUUUCUAAAAGUGAAGAUAAUGUUGCUGCAAGCACUAUAAAUAAAGAAAUUAGUUCUAGUGAAGUGAUUAACAGCGUUGAAUCUUCAGAAAUUGAAAUUCAGGUUGAAAAACAGGCCCUUGUUCCCAUUGCAGAACCUGUGAACAUUGAUAUGAAUCAAGAUGGAGCAAAUGAGGCUUCAAGCGAUCAUACUGCAAAUGAUAUCUCUGUCCUGGACAGUAAGCUGGUUGAGAGUGCACCAGAAGAUAUAACAGAGGAGCACUUUCCUGAUGUUCCUUCUGACAAUCUUUCUAUUGCAUCACCAGAGAAUGUGGAGCAUACUCCUGACAGUCAGCACCAAGAUAAACAAGAUAAUGGUAUUGAUAAGAUGUCAGAAUCUGAGACUGCCUCAUCGUUCCCAAGAAUUGUUGGUGAAAGGGAUUAUAGCACCUUGAGAAGUAGUAAUAGACUAAAGACUAUGAAGUUUUCUGUGAGAUCGCCACCGGAUACUCAGCGAAAUACCAUCUCUGCAAACAAUGAUCAGUAUGUGGAACAUGUAAAGGAAAUUGAUGUGCAAGAAAAUGUACAACGUGAUAGUUUAAACUUUGUUAUUGGUGAUGGGAAAGGUGACAAGAAAAUUGCAAAUGGGAAUUCAGAUAAAGAUGACUGUAAUGGAAAUGGAGCUGCAGAUGACAAAGUCCGAGAAUUAGAACAUAAAGUAGAGAUGCUCGAAAGGGAGCUGAGAGAAGCGGCGGCUAUUGAGAUAUCUGUUUAUUCUGUAGUAGCUGAGCAUGGGGGCUCACCCCAUAAGGUUCAUACUCCUGCUCGUCGCUUGUCAAGGCUAUACAUUCAUGCAUCUAGAAAAUGGUCGAGAGAAAGAAGGGCGAAUGCAGCAAAAUGUGCUGUCUCUGGACUGGUUUUGGCGGCAAAGUCUUGCGGAAAUGAUGUUCCAAGGUUGACUUUCUGGCUAUCAAAUUCAGUAAUGCUGCGAGCAAUUAUUGUUCAAGAAUUCAGGAACGAGGACCUCCUCAACUCUGCAAAUGUAAGGCACGAGGUGCACAAGAACAAGUCUCUUCUGCAGUGGGAAUCCACCUCCUGGAAGAAUGAAAAGUUUUCUGCUGCUAAAGAGGUUGAUGAGUGGGAAGUCCCUAGUACAUUCAUGUCGGCUUUAGAAAGGAUUGAGGCGUGGAUAUUUUCUCGAAUCAUUGAAUCCAUUUGGUGGCAGACGUUGACACCGCACAUGCAGCUACAAACCGAAUGUGGGAAACAAAAGACGGGCUCAAACUUAAAGAACUACAGAAAGCAAUCUAGUUUGGGGGAUCAACAACAAGCAAAUAUAUCAAUUGAAAUUUGGAAGAAAGCUUUUGAGGAUGCUUGUGAGAGGCUUUGCCCUGUCAGGGCUGCAGGGCAUGAAUGUGGCUGUUUACCUAAGCUAGCUAAAUUGGUCAUGGAACAGUGUGUGGCGAGGCUUGACGUGGCUAUGUUUAACGCCAUUCUACGUGAAUCAGAAGAUGAAAUCCCUACAGACCCUGUGUCUGAUCCUAUCAGUGACUCUAAGGUUCUUCCUGUUCCGCCGGGAAAAUUGAGCUUUGGUGCUGGUGCUCAGUUAAAAAAUGCUAUUGGCAACUGGUCUAGAUGGCUGACAGACCUGUUUGACAUGGAUAUGGAUGAUUCCCCUGACAAUGAGAAUGAACAAGACGAUGACCGUUUGGAUGUUGCAGCAUCCUUAAAAUCAUUCCACCUCUUGAAUGCGUUGAGCGAUCUCUUAAUGCUCCCGAAGGACAUGCUCUUGGAAAGUUCGAUCAGAAAGGAGGUUUGCCCAACGUUCAGUGCAUCAAUGAUCAAGCGAAUUCUAGACAACUUCCUACCGGAUGAGUUUUGUCCUGAUCCAAUCCCAGACAUGGUGUUUGAGUCCCUGGACUCUGAGGAUCCUCUAGAGACUAGUGAUGAGGGAAUAAACAGCUUUCCGUGUGAUGCAUCCCCUGUCACAUACUCUCCACCUUCAGUCACUUUGGUUCAGAGCAUCAUCGGAGAUCCUAGGUUGGCUUCUCUUUCACGAAGCGGAUCAUCGGUGGUUCGAAAAUGCCACACAAGCGACGAUGAGCUCGAAGAACUGGAAUCACCCUUAACAUCAAUCAUCAUUGAAAAUUCCUCGAAUACGAUCACCAAAUCAAAGGAAUAUAGAGGUCCAAGUGCUGCUAGAUAUCAACUGCUGCAUGAAGUCUGGAGAGAUGGUGAAUACUGAAUAUAGGCUGUGUAUGAGUCCUGUUAACAUUUGAAAUAAGAGGGUGAGAGGUUUUUUUUCUUUUUUUUGUAUAUAAGCCUACGAAAUUUUACAAACUGAAUAUUUUGUUCUUGAAUCAUAAGUGUGGAUGGAAUGUUUAUGAGAA